ACAUACAUACAUUCAUAUAACCUCCUCUCCUUUUCACUCGAUAUUCUUUUCUCUCCAUGUUUCUCUAUUCCCUGCUUUUCCCCAGACUAUCAUAUGUUUGUACUGUACUUACCACAUUGCCAGAAAAUCAAAGAAUAUUUGUUGUGUUUUCCUCAAUACAAAGUUAGUCUGUCUUCGUCACAAGUGUCCCUGGUCCCUUGGUAUUGGUCGAAGUCUGAAGAAAAAGCAUCAAAUCAUCUUUUUUUCCCUACCCUCUUUUUUCCACUAAUUCUUCUUCCUCUCCCCAGCUCCUCCACCUUUUUGCUGGGUAUUACUUCUUAACAUGCUUUCCUCCUUCUUCUUUUUCACCACGCUGCUCUUUAUUGGACAUCUGAAAGGUGGGGACGCAUGCAACAUGUAUUCAAACAGUCUGACCUCCCCAGGGUCUUAUCAAGGACCCUGUCUGCCCCCUGUCCCCUCUGACCCUGACCAUUGCCAGGAGGAUGGCAGCCAGGAAGGCAGCUCCUCCUCCAAGCAGUCUGUCUAUUGUAAGAACACUUGGCAGAAAAAACGUCGGAAUCCUGAGACAUGGAGCAGUGCGGAGGAGGUACCUCCCUCCCCUGGCAAGCUCAAAUCACGUAGCUGUGAUGACUUACUUAAUGAUGGGCAUUCUGGCUCAGGCAGGCGCAACGCCACACGCUCGGAAAGUGCGGGGUCACUGGUCUGUGAUGGGAAUCCUUCAGGUUCGACUGGCUCCACUUCCACGUGCUCAUUGCCUCGCCCCCACCGGCGACGGGCACAUGAUUCACCGGGCUUUCUCCAGCUCUAUCGUAAGAUGCACCAGAUUGACAGAGCUCAGCUGAUUCCAUCUGAAGUCAUCCGGUCUGUCCGUGCUCGCAUCCUGGACCUAGAACGCCAGCCUCAUCUGCAUCGGCAUCGCCUCUCUCCUUGGACACCCUCUUGGGGCGUGGAAGUGCCACGUGAUAUGGUGCCAAACCGCAUUUCUGAAUAUGAGCGCCUUAUUAAGAAGUCCAAAUCCAUGCCUAACUUGGAAGACGGUGAGUUGCCUUCAGGCACUACCACACCAGGUGGCUCAUCAUCUCGAGCCAGUAGUGGUGGUGGUUGCACACCCAGUUUUCCUAAACGCCGUUUUUCCAUAGAGUCUUUGCUAGAAGAAGAUAACAACGGCAACAUUGGAACAGUACCCCACACCAUGGAUCACUUGCAUCGACCUCGUAGCCCACCUGAAGGCCAGCCUCGGGUUGGACCCGAGCCCAGUCGUGGACGGUCUUUUCCUGCUCCUUCUGUUCCCCGAAACUCUCAAGCCAACCCAGACUACUCUGACAGUGAACAAGACGCUGUUGCGUCAGACCUCAGUGACUUUAUCCAGGUGGAGGGUUCCUCAUUUUGCAGUGAGAGUGACUUUGACCAUUGCUCACUAACCUCUUCUGAGAGCUUGUAUGGCUCUUCCAGCAUCCAUCACCAUCACCACCUCCGUCAUCACCACCACCAUCACCACCACCACCCUGGUCACCAAAGUAUAGGCCAGAGUCAAGGCUACCAACACCGCCACCUCAUCAGCACCUGCAAAGGCCGCUGCCCAGCCUCUUAUACCCGUUUUACAACAAUGCUUCGCCACGAGAGAGAACGAGCACGCCAGGAGCGCCAGAGACCCUCACAGCAGAACCACAGCAGCCAUUCCCAAAUCCAGAGCUCACAGUCCCAGCAAGCGAUGUCCAAGCUGGCCUUUCUGGUCAGCCCAGUGCCUUUCCGCAGGAAAAAGGGCUCACCACCUACCUCCAGAAGAAGGAGUGAUGGAGAUCGAGGUAGCAGACCCAAGUCCAAACAGGCCAUUUAUGAAGCACUAGAUGCAGCCUUGAGAGACAUAUAUGAGCACAUCCAAGCAGAGAGAGGCCACAGAGGAAGUAGGGCACCUGAUGACAGCAUCCUGAGAAGAAUACUGGCCGAACUGCUCCCAAAUGUGCCUGAACGAAGCUCCUCAUUGCGUGGGAGGAGGGGUUGUCUGCAGGGGGGUCACUCCUCUGCAUCUUUGUACCCAGAUGGGAGUCCCACUGGGUAUGCCUCAUAUAGAGGGGAUCCCUCAACACCACAGUUGCAGUCACCACGGCUACAGUCACCAAUCAGUGCCUGUUACGGACGCCACUCAGACACCUCAAACAAUAAUGAAUAUGGAGAGGAGCAGGGCAAUGGUCUCUGUUAUUCAGGUGGAGAUAUUACACGCAUCACACCUCAAAUAUGCUCAUGUACACUUUUUCACAUAGCCACCUACGUAUAGUUUUUUUCUACAUUAACACAGACACAUGCAUGCAUAUCCACUUCAAAUGAAUCCACAUACAUUUACCUUAAUGUCUCUUUCAGUAUUGUUUUGUCUUGUUGCCCUUUUCCCCUCAUUGGUCAGCCAAUGCAUUCAUUACUGUUCUUUUUUAUCUAUUUAUUUGACACCUGUUUGCUGUAAACUCUCAAGUAAAACCAGGUAUUAGAGUAAUGACCAUUCUUUAAUUCUGUGGUAAACUGUAAACAGUGAAACUAAACACUUCAUGUGGAUUUUUCACAUGAAAGGUCUGCUACUAAAUUGGAGGCGUGAUGCCACUGGACCUGCUGAAUGGCUGUUAAUCUGAAGUUUUGUAGUCAAAUGAUUUGACAGUAUUAUUGAUGAUGAUGCUGAUAAAUGGGUCAUCUCCUAAAGUGCAUGUCUCAUGCAUGCCACUGAGAUUGAGGCUCAGGGUUGGAAUCCACCAGACUUCACAGACUUCAAAUUUAGGUCUUUUGGACAUGUUUUAUGCUCAGUGGGCAGGUGUCUCAAAUGAAUAAAACAAAAUAAUUGAGAAUUUACAGUAUAUUACUGUGGUUGGGUUAAAUAAAUGUAAAUACCCCUCUGUUUGUUUUUAAUUUGAUUAUUGUUUUGUAGAUUGAUGAAAAAAAUUAUUUAUCCCUGUAUCGUUCCUUCCCUCAAGCCAUUUGCUUGUAUGUUUAUGUUUGUUGGUUUUAUGGUUUUAUCAUACCUUUGGGCUGUAUUCCCCUUGUUUCAUUUUGUGUUUCAGCUUUUUUGUAGGGUUGCAUGUGUCACAUUGUGAGAACUACUUUCACCAUGUUUUAUCCUUUUAAAAAAUGGAAAUAAAACACACCUGUUUUUGACUCCAAGUCUUCAUUCCCUUAUUUACUUGUUGGAAUGACAUCAUGUCUGUACCAUUCGUUGUAUUUUCCCAAAGCACAUUUUUGUAUUGUGAGCAUGCACAUGUUGUGAUAGUUGUUGCUGUGGUAACUCCUGUGACAUGUUUAUGUGUCUCU